CUCUACUCUAUUCUAGAAGAAAACUUGGGCCUUCAAUUUUCAAGCCUCGAGGACUGAUUAGUGAUUAUUUUGUCUUUGUUCAGACAACAAAAAUAAAGAAAGUGAAAAAGAUAAAAACUUUUUUCUUUUCUCUUCUUCAGUUUCUUCUUCUUUUUGUUUUCCUUCCUCGUUCUUUCAUGUCUUCCUUGUGCCAUUGAUGAGUCCGUCAAGACCAAAUCGAGAGUAGUGCAAGACUUUUUUCUCACACUGUUUCUAAAACCGCGUGAGAAAUCUUCUUCCUCCUCAGAUCUCUACCUUUUCCCUUAAAUUUUCCCGCAUUUUCUCUCUCUUCCAAGCUUCUCCAAGCGUACAAGCUACUUCUUCUUCCAUAAACUCAAAGUAAAACCCUAAACCAAAACUCUCUUCACCUCUAUAAAAACACCACCUUUUUUUAGCUCCUGUCUCUUUCACAGACUUCAAUCGCAUUUUCAUUACCAGCCAAAAAUCAUCUUCAAUUUCCAGGUUACAAGCUUAAGCUUUUUCAUAGAUAGAUAGAAAAGAGAAUGAUGGGAGGAAAAUCUAGCAAGAGCAAAAAGAAUGUUGAAUUUGGUUCACCGUCAACGCCAGUUCAAAUCAAGAUAAACUCAGAGUACACAGAGCAUUUAAGCUCAUACGAAAGAGCUUGUAGUGAAGAUCCAAAGCUUGAAUCUUUUGACUCUGCGCUUCACGAAAGAACUAACAGAGUCAUCAACAAGCUUGCUUCAGGAGUUGAGAUCAAGUCUUUGUCGUUUGAUUCACUUAGGGAAGUGACACAAUGUCUUUUAGAUAUGAAUCAAGAUGUGGUCAAAGUUAUAUUGCAGGAUAAAGAAGAUAUAUGGAACAAUCAAGAUUUGUUCUCUCUUGUGAAUUUGUAUUUUGAAAGUACUGCAAAGACUAUGGAUUUCUGUUCUGAGCUUGAGAAUUGUCUUAACCGCGCGAGGCGGAGUCAAGUGAUUAUUCAGUUUGCUGUUAACCAGUUUGAGGAAGAGAAUGAGGAUAAGGAGAAUAGAAAGUAUGAGAAGACUCUUGAGGAGCUUAAGAGGUUUAAAGUAGCUGGUGAACCGUUUACGAAAGAGUUCUUUGCUCUUUUUGAUUUGGUUUACAAGCAACAGGUUAUGAUGCUUGAGGAGCUUCAUAAGUUAAAGAGAAAACUCGAUAAGAGGCUUAGGAAUAUCAAAACAUGGAGAAGGGUGUCGAAUAUGGUGUUUGUGACUGCGUUUGUCUCUGUGCUUAUCUUCUCGGUGGUUGCAGCCGCUGUGGCUGCACCGCCUGUUGUGGCGGCUAUAGCUGGUGCAUUGGCUGUUCCUGUAGGUUCUGUUGGGAAAUGGUGCAACACUUUGUGGACGAAGUAUGAGAAAGUGGUUAGAGGGCAGAAGGAGAUUAUUACAUCGAUUAGAAUCGGGACUUAUAUCUCGGUUAAGGAGAUGGAUAAUAUAAGUAUUCUUGUGCGUAAAGUGGAAGUAGAGAUUGAAUCUUUGUUGAAGAAAGCUGAGUUUGCUAUUACUGAGGAGAAAGAAGUGAGGCUUGCUAUAGAUGAGAUCAAGAAGAAGCUCGAUGUGUUUACUGAAACCAUUGAAGAACUUGGGGAACAUGCGGGUAAGUAUUGUAGCGAUGUGACAAAGGCGAGAACCGUGAUUCUGCAGAGGAUAAUCCGAUACCCGGCUGGUUCACCGAAGGAUGAAGCUCCUUGGUAAGAAAUCAUUUGCCCCUAAAGCUAACUCUGAAUAGUAAACUUAUGCUUCAUGUUUUUGCUAUAGAAUUCUAGAGAACAAACUUGUGAACAUGAUUCAUCACUAGGAUUUAUAGAUGAUUUGGAUUGAGUUUUUUUUUCGUGUUUUCGAUUGAUAUCAGGACGGAGAUGAUGUAGUGAGAAUGUGGAUUCGGAUUCAGAUUUGUGUUUGGCUUUGGAAAAUUGUUGGUUUGUCAUCUUUAGCACAAGUAUUAUGAACAGCUAAAGGAUAAUCUUUACCUAAUGUUAUUAGUUGCCCUGAGGAAACCUUUGUUUAAUACAUUUAAUUAAAGAGACACUUGUAAGGUUUCUAUGUCAUUUAUUUUGUUGGCUUUCUUUAAUCAGUGUUGUAUGUUUAUAAAUGAAUGUCUAUGUGCUUAGUCAAGGCUUGGAGAAAUUAUAAGCUGGAUCCUUAAAGAAUCAAUCAAUUUUAAAAAUAGGACGUGAAGAGUUAGUUGAUGAGACGAGGGAGGGAUGUUUCUCAUAGACAAUAGGGACAUAAUACUACUUCUUAAGCAACAUUUGCGAUGUUUUAAUGUUUUA